AUGCCCUCCGAGUACGAGCUCGCCGUGCAGGGCCGCGACCUGUACAACUUCCAUGGCAACCGCGUCGUCGAGUCGCAAACAACCGCCGGCCAGUUGGUGGCCGUCAAGGUCAAGCCCACGGCCUACUUCGCGCGCUCCGAGGCCGAGAUGAUGCAUUUCGCCUCGCAGCAACCAGGCCUGCUCGCACCGCGCGUCAUCGGCUGCUACGACAUUCCACCGCGAAUCACCACAACGGUCACCAACAUCCUCGCCGGCGAGUCGCUCGACAAAGUCUGGCCCACCAUGACCAGGGCACAGCAGAGCUCCAUCAAGACGCAGCUGAAAGAACAGAUCCGGCUGAUGAGGACGUGCCCUCAGCCGUUUAUCGGGCGGCUGGGCCGGCAGCAAACGCUGAAUUUCUACGAUCGACUGGAAUUUAAUUUCAUGGGACCCUUCGAGACCGAGGAGGCGUUUGACGACUGGUGUCUGCAGCGGGUGGCUUCGCCGCUGGCGCGCGACGACGGGCGAGCAGCGGCGCUUUGUGCUCACGCACGGCGAUCUGGCGGCUCGCAACAUCAUGGUAGCAGAUGGGAAGAUCACGGGCCUGGUGGACUGGGAGUACAGCGGCUUCUUCCCGGAGUACAUGGAGUACGCGCUGGCCACGGUGAUCCACGACUGUCAUGA